CAGGGAGCUAGUCACACAGGCUUGUACACAUACUCCGACUCCCCUCGGGUGUGCAAUAGACUGCGCCAGGUAUUCAUGUCCGCGCGACAGAGUCGUCCUACAAGUUAGGUGUGUCAGUGAGCCUCCGAGACGUACGAGACAGUCCACCACACACCGGUCACUGUCACACAGCACAUGGUCAACACGCUCUCUACCUGUCCGGCCUCUUUCACCUGUAAUCAACGACAUAACGCUACUCUCUGACAGGUAUUACACCUACCACGUGCCGGCGUCUCGCAGAAGGAUAUAUAUACAGGAUUAUUAUAGAAUGCCCAGUGGUCACUGACGUGCUAGUAUUGUGUGUGACUCUUGGACAUCCAUCAUGUGGUCAGUAGCGGACACCUGUCUUACAGACACCCGUAUGAGAACUUGGUUUUCCGUGGGACUGAUAUUCGCCGUGUGUGUGACUGGAACAGCUAGUCAAGAGAGCCGUUAUGAGGCGCGGGUGGUGAUAAACGUGGAGGACUACCCGUGGAAUCCAGAGUAUGCAGAUAUCACAAACCAGGCGUUCUCUAUAGCAGCCACAGACAUAACAAAACAACUAUCAUGUUACCUGAACGAGACGCUGCAGGUGGAGAGGGUUGCUGUGACACAGAUCAGCCAAGGACUACCGAAUGGCAUUGACGUCGAUGUAACCAUACAUCUGCCAGGAACUAGCCUUGGCGACCUUCAGACGGCCUUGAACCCUGGUAGCCAUUCCAUGUGUAACAUGACAGCCACUAUCAGAAUUGCACUCACGUCAAGCCAGAUUUCGACGACGUCAGCGACCAUGACUGUACUGUUAGAAUCAACGUCAGCAAUGUCGUCUUCCUCCAUUAUGCCCUCUUCGUCUCAGGAAGUCGUCGUGGAGUCAACGUCUACAUCGCAGAUAACGACUACAAUGAUCAGCGAAGUGACUAAUGUAACUCUCACUCAAGUCUCGUCCUCAAUGCAACAGUCUGAGAUGACAACAUCGAGCUCAGCAAGCUCAUCAAGCUCAUACCAAGCUAUUUCUUCAUCGUCAACUGAGUCAACAUCAACUUCAUCUUUGCAGGCCCAAGGACCAGUCUCCUCAUCGAUGACUGGAGAUAAAGUGUCCUCGUCCGAGUACCUGAUGUCCACCUCAACCUUGUCUGCAGCAGCAACAGCAGCAGCAGCAGCCUCCAGCUCUGCUUCCCCAGUGCUCCCCUCCUCAAGUGUUGUACCUGAUGCAGCCGCAUCAUCACGUGUCUCAGAUGCAGGUGCCCUCGGAACCUCUAGUCAGGCUGAUCAAUCAAGUUCCAUGGCAGAAGCGUCAUCAUCUGUGAUGCAGCUGGAGUCAACAUCUGAACAAGCACUCGCACCAUCAUCAUCCCAAGCAGUGGUGGUAACAUCUUUAGAAGCUGGGUUUGUCGAUGUCCAGUCUUCAUCAGUGCAAGGUUCAAACCAACAAGUGACAUCGAGUGAUAUUAUGCUUUCAACAAGUCAAUCCAGUGUUGUGGACAUGCAGACCACGUCCAUGUCUUCGUCCAUGAUAGUGUCUUCAUCUUCGUCUUCUCUUUUGGAGUCCAGUUCUGCACAGUCUGCAACACCAGUGUCCAGACCAGCGCCCGGUGUUGAAACGUCUAGUCACGCAAUAUCAGCAUCAGCAUUGCAGGAGUCUUCUAGUCAAGUUGUACCUACAAGCUCAGCUUCACUUUCGUCCUCGUCACCUGCUGCCAUUGCAACAUCGUCCAGUGAAAUCACACCACCCUCAACACCUCUACCUGACUCAAGUACACCCGUUGUUGUGGUCGUUCCUUCAGCAGUGACCUCAUCUCCCCAGUCCUCAGCACAGGCUCCUUCCACAUCGCCAACCAUGGAAUCGUCUACAGUAAAGGCAGUAGCAACAAUGUCUGUUGAAUCUAGUCAGUUUUCAGCAACACCAGCACUACCGCAAGUUGACGCAACACGGCCAUUAGAAACAUCUACGACGGAGACACCCAUGUCUUCAUCACGUUUAGCCGUGACGCCAGGAGGUUCAGAGAAAAUGUCUGUUGUGUCGACCAGCAGUGUGUCAGUUGUGGCACAAAUGUCAUCUUCUGUGUCCAGCUCCGUUUUGUCGUCAGUGUCAUCGAGUGAAGAGUUGAAGCCGGUAGCAAGUAGUAAGGACAUGUCGCAGAUGGUCACAACAUCUGCUGUGGCUGGAUAUCCCAGCGAGGCAUAUUCCUCCAUGGAAUCAUCGUCAGCUGUCAUGAUGUCCGAUUCCACCCUUGCAGCCACGCAACAGUUAUCUGGGUCUGUGAUGGCCACAAGUCAAGUCAUGGCAACGUCAUCUGCUAGUACGUCAGCCGGGCUUAUGGAAACAUCUUCUGGUAUGUCAACGGACGGUGGAAUUAUUGUUGUCCAACCGUCAUCUGCAGACCAUAUGGCAACAUCUCAAACUAUGGAACAAUCGUCCUACGUCAUGGCAACUGAAUCGUCCUACAGUGCCUCAGCGACCUCAAGUUCCGGCGACUAUGUACAGCCCCACGUGACUACCUCCACGUUUGUGUCUACACCGGUCUUGGAUUUCCUUCCGUCUUCAUUAACAUAUCCUUCAUCAUCAGCAUCAGAAUUAGUUCAAGUGUCUACGCAAUCUAUGUCGGAGAACAUCGGUUACACACAAAUGGCGACAGACAUGGUCAGCUCAGCAACAGCCAUGCCUACGAUGCCUACACACUCAAGCAUCAUGUCUUCUGUGACGUCAUCCGUUCCUGUCAUCAUUACCCCUCCCAUCACAACAGGUCAGGUUGCCCAGGCGUCUUCACUCCCAAUGUCCUCGUCGACUCCUGUUGCUAUAGAAACGACAUCUAUGGAAAUACAGCCUCCAACGUCAGCCCUGCCAGUCUCCACAAAAGUAAUGCAGUCGCAGACAAUGAUGUCGUCGUCAUCUGAGUCAGUUCUGUUGCCCACGGAUUCCUCAUCCUUCAGCGCUGUACCCAGCAUCCCACCCACGGACUCGUCAUCCUCUGUCGUGGUCGUCCCGCCUGCCACCAGCACCGUCGCAGCAACGUCCUCAUCAACGCCUACGUCUGGGGUGUUUGUUCCCGAGUUCUCCUCCACGAGUGUGCCUGCAGCGUCAGGAAUGUCUAGUGAAAUGUCCAGCAUGCACCCAUCCUUAGCCAAGACACCUUUGGAAGCAUCGUCUUCAGUGGACUCACUGAGUGUAACAACGUAUAUUGCAUCCUACGCAAUCGAAUCGACCAGUCCCGUGAUGGAGUCAGGCGGUCCAACUGUUGUCGUUACAAGUUCGAUGGUUGAAUCCAGCAGUGCACCAGUUGCUGUUACAAGUUCAAUGGUUGAAUCAAGCAGUACACCAGUUGCUGUCACAAGUUCAAUGGUUGAAUCAAGCAGCGCACCUAUUGUCAUUACAAAAUCAAUGGUUGAAUCAAGUAGUGUACUAGGUGUUGUUACAAGUUCAAUGGUUGAAUCAAGCAGUGUACUAGGUGUCGCUACCAGUUCAAUGAUUGAAUCAAGCAGUGCACCUGUUGCCGUUACAAGUUCGAUGGUUGAAUCAAGCAGUGCACCUGUUGUCGUUACAAAAUCAAUGGUUGAAUCCAGCAGCGCACCUGUUGCCGUUACAAGUUCGAUGGUUGAAUCAAGCAGCGCACCUGUUGCCGUUACAAGUUCAAUGGCUGAAUCAAGCAGUGUAAUAGGUGUCGUUACAAGUUCAAUGGUUGAAUCCAGUAGCGCACCACCCAUGAUGACGAGUUCAAUGGUUGAUUCGAUGUCCUCUACUCCACCAUCUUCAUCGACGCUAUUACCCUUGCCUUCAGUGGAGAUUUCAAGCUUGCCUGUUGCUAUGACUACAACCGCCAGUAUGACAUCUUCAGCUGAACCGCUUCCAUCAUCAAUGUCCUCCUCAUCAAUGUCCUCUUCAAGUCCUGUGUUGGCACCAACCAGCUCCACUUCGUCCAUUUCUCCAUCAACAACAGAGGUGAUGACAUCCUCUACAAUGGUGACACCUACUACCACGACUGCUCCAACAACCACAGCAGCACCGGUAAUGGAUGUGGAAGGCACGUUCUCCAUCGUUGAGGGUCGCAACUUCACCGAGGAACUUCUGAACAUGUCCUCCCCUCAGUACCUGAACCUGAAGCAGGAUCUCCAACAAAAGCUGGAUGGCCUGUACAUGACCAGUAGUCUGAAGGGACUGUACCAGGGGAUCUCCGUCAUGACAUUCAGCCAAGGCAGCAUCGUCGUCAGUUACACGGCGGAGUUCAACAGCAGCAACAACGUGACCGGCGACAGUGUAACAAAAGCUUUCUUAGACGGACUCAGUGACGGCAACAAAUUGGGCAACUACACCAUCAACAACGCUACCGUUAGCCAUGAAGUGGUACCGAGGACAACGGCGCCACCAACGACAACGACACCUGCUCCAACACCUGUCCCCCAAGACGAAUUCCCCAACUGGGCUAUCGCCGUCAUCGUGUGCGGCUCCAUCCUCCUCAUCUUCCUCAUCUUCAUGAUCUGCGUCCUGUGUUCCCGCCGUCACACACGGCAGAAGUACAGGAUGGAGGAAGAUCCCGACGACAUCGGCUACAGGCGCACCUGGGCUGACUCUCCUCACGAAUACGCCUACGACAACAAAAUGGCGGUUCCCGAGAGCAACGAAAACGGAAAAGACGCGCCCGUCAGAUACGACAUGACCGACACACUACCUAGAGAUCAGUUGCGAAAUGGUCGUCCCGGAAGUGAACGUGCUGGGUUCACCAACAAUGCAGUGGUAUUCUACCAUGACAACAUCAUGACACUCUACAACGAGGACCAGGAAGCGUGGGAGACGAGACUUUAAUGACGUCAUACUUGGUGAUGUGUAGGAACAAUUAAAUGACGUCAUAAUUACGUUACGAACAAAAUGUGAUGACGUCACAUCUUUUACCGUAUACUGCCAUUCCAUGACAAAGUCAGGCGUAUCCAGGUUUUAACGUCAUUAGAUACUUUCCUGCAGAUAAAGAAAUGACGUCCCUGGAUCCUGACGUCAAAAGAAUACCAAAGUAACUUCCUGAUUUUCUGGGACUAACAGUUGUGUGGUCGUGAGCUGCUUCAAGAUGGUUACAAUAGUCAUGACGAGAUGAAAGAGUUUUGAUGCUUCCAUUAAUGAAGGAAUAAUCAUACAGGUGAUAAGAAGUUCAAGGUCACAGAUAUUUACGUCAUGAACAUUCCUGGCACUACGGGGAGAUAACUCUGUUGGAAGAUCUCGAGUGAUGCCGCUAUGCAAUAUGUGUGUGGAUGAGAUGUAGGUGACUGUUUUGUACAUUGUAGAGACAUUGAUUAGAGUAAUGUAAUCAGAAAUGACGAGAUAGAGUAGAUAUAGGACGAAGAGAUCUGAUGGCUUGGAUACGCCGCCUAUACGCAGACCCAGGCUAUUAGGUCUGGGGUCCACCCAACCAACCCCCUUUCCCUUCACCCCAUUCCUCCAGUCGUUCAAUCCCCUCCUGAUUUCGUAAUUGUCUCUAAUUUUCACAUUCUGUGAUAUAUGCUCAUAUACAUGACCUUUGUCACCGACCCUAAUGUCCGGUAAUAUUUAAUUGUGCAUUGAACUGUAUAGCACAAUAUAUAUAUAUGUCUCGUGUCUCAUUAACGGAGUAUUAAAGCCUUUCAAGGGGAGAUAACUUGGUAUUAUAAUAAUGUCUCAAAUGAGUGAUAUUGGUGUAACAAAUAUAUGAUACAAACAUGUAGUGCCUAUUAUCAUUAACCACAAACUAUUAACAAACUACACUACCUCUUUUACUUUUAACCGACGCUGACAAAAUUACGUCAACGUUGGACCCUGGAGUAGGGAAUCGCAACUUCGUAGGUUACUGUUCUAUUUGAACAUUUGGCAAGAUCCUUACGUCAAGAUGCGCUAAAACCCUGUAGCUUCCUGUAUAUCCAGCGCAUGAUCAUUAUAUCCUGCUGACGUCAUGUGUUUCCCUGUGAUCACAGUAAAUCUAUGCAAUGAUUGGACCUCUACAGCAAUCACCCUUCCCCCAUACCACUAAUACUCACUGACCUCUCUGAAGCAUAUAGUGUGUAAAUUGACAAGACUUGAUAUUACGAUAUCGUAUUUAUUGCACAUUAAUUAAACUCUGAAGGUCCUCUUGAAUAUGUUUAUAUAUUUGCGUUGUUCUGGCGUGUACUAACAUCCGGAGUUAAUGUAAUGUAUGUCUAUGCACCCAUGGUCAUAACACCCUCGAUCAAUGCAUUUUGCUUUCAAUUUUUCCGUGGUCAAUGCAUCUGAUUUCAUUGUUCUCAAGGUUAAUGCAUCUGUGUCCAAUGCAUCCCCAAGGUUAAUGCAUCUGUGUCCAAUGCAUCCCCAAGGUCAAUGCGUCUGUGUCCAAUGCAUCCGAGGCCAAUACACUCUGGUUAAUGAAACCGACAUCAAUACACCCUCGGUCAAUGAAUCCGACAUCAAUACACCCUCGGUCAAUGAAUCUUAGAUUAGAUGUUCUCCUGACCAAUGCCUCGGAGGUCAAUGUAUCAAUUCAUGCACUCAAGGUCAACCAGUCAAGGUCAAUUGUAUCCGGGGUGACCCGUGGUACACUCGGAACACAUCCGGGGUACAUCCAGGCCAGGCAAAUGUCGCCGGGAUCAGUGUACCUGUUAUUCAAUGCAACUGGAGCAAAUGCAGUCUCAGUCAUUCUAUCUGAGGUAGAUUAUUGGUAAAACAACAUUGCUCACUCCACUCCUCAAGUUUCCAAAGAUGAACACUGUUUAGCAUUAUUGUUGAAAUAUGUCAAUCUUUUUAAAUGUACAGUCUUUGGUUGAUCGUUAUUUCAAAUCAAAUAUCCCCACAUCAAUCAUCGCCGAUUGAUAGGUGUCCUUAUUUGCUGGAAGUACCAAGGUCCAGAUGUGCCUUCUUCCGGAAGGGAGAUAACCCAUUAGCACUGUUGCCUUUGACGAUGACGCCAUUCAAUAUGUAUAUAUACAACAGUUGAUUUAAGUGUAAAUAACCAUGUAUAUAUAAAUGAAGUUUUUAAACAGUAUUUUCUGCUCAUAUUUCCAUUUUCAUAUUUGCAUAUAUACAUAUAUGUUUAAUGUAAAAAUACAUUUAAUAAAUGCCAAUAUAGAUGAA